GUAAAAUUCUUUCCAAGAAUGAUGUCCACGGAAAGCGCCAACAGCUUCACGCUGAUCGGAGAGGCGUCAGAUGGCGGCACCAUGGAGAACCUCAGCCGGAGACUGAAGGUUACGGGCGACCUCUUCGACAUCAUGUCAGGGCAGACGGAUGUGGAUCACCCUCUAUGCGAGGAGUGCACGGACACUCUGCUAGACCAGCUCGACACGCAGCUUAACAUCACGGAGAACGAGUGCCAGAACUACAAGAGAUGUCUGGAGAUACUGGAGCAAAUGAACGAGGACGAUAAGGAGAAACUGCAGAUGGAACUGAAGGAACUGGCGCUGGAGGAGGAGCAGCUGAUUCAGGAGCUAGAGGACGUGGAGAAGAAUCGCAAGAUCGUGGCCGAAGACUUCGAGAGAGUCAAGGCGGAGGCAGAGCGGCUGGAGCAGGAAGAAGCUCAGUACCAGAAAGAAUACUGCGAAUUCAAGAGGCAGCAACUGGAGCUCGAUGAUGAGCUGAAGAGCGUGGACAACCAAAUGCGCUACGCCCAGAUGCAGCUGGAUAACUUAAAGAAAACCAACGUGUUCAACGCAACUUUCCACAUCUGGUAA